AUGGCUGGCGGAAACACGGUGCCGGCGGCUCCCUGGCGAGAUGCCUUCCUGUCUCACAUUGAACAGGUGCAACAGCCAACCUUCACACUGAGCUCUCUCCAUCCAGCAUCGCCGCCAUCACCAUCCUGGGCACCCCAGUUCGUUCCUAGAGCACGUACAGUCGUAUAUAGAGGCAUGUGGGCCUCGCUGACCCCAAAUCCCAAGAACCCAGCUCAACUCAAUCCUGCCUCGUACGAGACCGAUCUCCCAACCAUCACCACAGACGCUCGCAUGGAAAAGGUUUCUGAAAUAUUAUCGACAUCAACAAAUGGCGGCGACUCAUCCGGCAUUGGCGGUGCCGUUGAAGCCGUAUUCUGGUUUCCAGACUCCAUGACUCAAUGGCGCCUCAGAGGCUACACUUGCCUGGUUGGCCCUGAUAUCGACUCGCUCGAAGCGUCGUCUACGAGGGAAGCUCUUAGGCCGUAUAUGCGGAAAGUCGGAGAUGCUGAGUGGAGUUGGAGCCGCGAACUAACUGCUCAGUUUGGAAACCUGAGCCCCUUCAUGAGAGGCACGUUCCGAAACCCGCCUCCUGGCACCCCCAUCACGCAGGAGCCUGGGGAGGGGCUCGGCCUGGGACAAGUUGUUGAGGAUCUGGAGGAUGACGUUGCAAGGAAGAACUUUAGAGUGGUGGUGAUUGUUCCUGAAGAGGUGGACAGGGUUGAUCUGUCGAAUCCGGAGAGGGGCCAGCGAUGGAAUUACAGACUGGAACGUGCUGGGCAGGGGGCAGAGUGGAAGGAAACCGAGCUUUGGCCGUGA